UUUCCAUCAACUUUGUACUCUUAACAAGUCCUAUUUAAUUGUUUAUAUUUCGGGCAAAAUUUCCAAUACGCCACUACGAAGCAGUGUUAGUCAUUAGCCAUGCUUCCAUUGUCACUAUUAAAGACUGCCCAAAGUCAUCCCAUGCUUGUAGAGCUGAAAAAUGGUGAAACCUACAAUGGACAUCUGGUCAGCUGUGAUUCUUGGAUGAACAUCAAUUUGAGGGAUGUCAUUUGCACUUCCAAGGACGGCGAUCGCUUCUGGCGUAUGCCUGAGUGUUAUAUACGCGGUAGCACCAUCAAAUAUCUGCGCAUUCCUGACGAGGUCAUAGACAUGGUGAAGGAAGAUGCCCAUUCAAAAGCACGAAGUCGUGCUGAAAUGAACAAAGGGCGCAGCGGCGGACAGGGGAAUAUGCAGAACCAAAAUCAGCGAUCUCGUGGUGGAAAUCGUAAUAACAGCAACAGUAGAAAUCUGCAGGUUACCUCAGCUCCGGGUGGCUUGCGACAAGUACCACCAGGCAAUCGACCGCCUGCGCAGGGAAACAAAGUUAGAAAAUAGACUCAACAUUUUGUGAUUAAGAUGAAAAAGAUCAUAUUUUUAAUUUAAAAAAAGAGGAAAAUACAUACACCUUGAUCACAAUAUUCAUAUUUCAUAAAUUUUAUAAAAACAAAAACUAAUAAUAAAUUAAAUUUCGAAUUACA